AAUAGAGCACUGGAAUUACCGUUAUACAAGUAGUAUUUGCUGGCUCAAAAUAUUGGAUUACGACGUGCACUAGUUGAAACCCACUGCAUGAUAAAGCGGGCACAGUAGGUAGUACGGUAUGCUGCCUUCACCUGGCACACAGUCUUCCCUUGCACACAGGUCAACCGUACCGUACCGGAAUCUCUUGGCUGCUGCACCGGCAUGGAGCACCUCUCCCGAAGGAUUGCUUCCGCUCAACCGCCAAGAUCAGAAACGAUCCAAUGGUGGUCGUUCUGAAGAAGUACUGGUACCGGUACCGCCGAUUGAAUGAUUAGUUGAUGCAAAUAGUUCAGGUGUGAAUCGAGCAGGUGGACCGGUGCGGACCCAGAUCGAGCGAAAAGUCAUCUCAGGAAGUCCAGUGACACUUCAGAAUGACUUGUUGGAUGGGAAUUAGAGAUUGUUAAGUCAUAUGUACCCGCAGGGUUGGACACUGGUGGACACUGGAUAAAGUGCGCUGACGCAUGCUUCGAUUGCCAACCAGAAUUUUUCCGCACUAACCCAUACUGCACAACUGAAUUGAGAAUAGAAGGACCAAUUUUAUUGAAAUUGUAAGCAAAUGGUCCCUGCUGUGCUUGGACUCGUCUUUUGGUGGUUGGCUUGGUCGGUGGAUGCAGCUCGCGCGGAGCCGAGAUUCUUGGAUUCCACGGUUGUUUUGAAUAGUACUACCGAUAAUGUGCCUGCUUCUGAUCAGCUGCCAGAGGGAUGGUCGCAAGACACGGAUCCGUCCACAGGGAAGGUAUUUUACUAUCACGUGAAUGGAACGACUGCUUGGGAGAUGCCCGUCAUGACGAAACAGAAUGUUUCAACUUUGGAAGUCUCGAGUAAUGAAACAGUAGCAUCAUGGGGCUUUACCAAUUUUCGAGCCAACGAGGCCUUUCAGUUUGCCAACAUCUUUUUGGUGGGAGGUGUCUGCAAUGACCCCAGUGAUUGGUAUUCCAUCUUCACAUUGGCGGCCAACGAAACCUUGGGUGACGAUCAAGUCACCAAAGUCAUUUGCUACGAGGGGGGCGAAGCAGGCGGACAAAACACACGAGAAUUCCACGUGGCGGGAUUGGAACAAGUGGUGGACCUAGCGGGAGACCAGCUCAAUGAAACUCUUGUCAUUACCUUGGGCAUGGGCUUGUCCACGGAUUGGACGCCCGUGGUAGAACUGCUCAAACGAGGAAUGGCCUUUUGGCAUGCCAGUAUUUGGGGAUCCGAAUAUGCCAUCAAUUUGGAACAGUUUGGUCUCGACACCAAUCAAGUUUUAUACCUAUAUUUUGAAGGGGAUGAAAAACGAGGUGCCAGAGGUAUUGGCAAGGAGCUAUGCCGUCUCCGAGGUGGGGGGCGCCAACUAACCGUGGCCAAAGUGUACCAACCAUACGGUGGCUCAUACUUGAACUUUCGCAUUGAUGAUGCAAUGGAGGCGUUCCGCAAGCUCUGUCCCGACACGGAACUUGUCGAGCUGUGGGAAAUCAACGACAGCUCGGAUCUUGCCAUAUUGGCGGCACUUCGCUUCCGGGAAGUACCGGAAGUCAUUCUCACUACCCAGGACUAUCAUGUCAGAAAAGUCCUAGAAGUGGCCGAGAGAGUAUUGUUGCCAGACCAGUUUGGCACCCUUGCCGUCACAGGAUGGGACAACCAUCCAGGCAUUAUGGAUCGACAAAAUGUGUUGGCAACCGUAGAUCCAUUGGUGCUAUAUCCGAAUCUUGGUUUGUGGACGGCCAUCAGUGAAGUUACCAAUCUCACGCAGCAGCUGGGGCUGAAUUCGACCACGAUGUUGCAAACAGCAUUUGAUCUCCCCGGUGACAACGCAGCAGUUGUCCAGACAGAUGUCAUGGUGGUAUCCAGUGACCCACUGGGAUUUGCGAGCGACAACCUCCUGACUGGGUACCAGCGAAAGUUGCCACCCUCAAAGAUUGUCCCAGUGUCCACCGGACUCUAUGAUGUCUCCAUUUCGGAGAUGAUGCCAUUUGAUGGCCAAGUCGAAGCCGUCGUUUGGCUAAAGUUGAUGUGGUAUGACCAUCGCUUGAAAUUCAACCUCAUUAGCAGCAGAGAUGUUGGCUCACUGCCAGUGGAUCGAAACAUGAUCUGGACACCAAGCUUGUAUGUCCAAAACUCCUUCCAGUACACGGUUCUGUAUGAAAAACCAGCCUUGGUCUAUUAUCAUGGAUUGGUAGUUCUCGAGACCAACGUUUUGAUAAGGACCUUGUGUGCCACUACGGAGAGUCUGCGCAGUUAUCCUUUUGAUUCUCAUGAUUGCUCGAUCGACUUGACAGCACCGGCAGGCGUGUGCAUGGACCACAGAUUUGGAUUUGAGGUGGUUUCUAGUGAUGACAACUUCGAUCUUGGCACUUCUCUUGCAAUGGAGAACCAAUGCAAUGGCACAUACAUUCGUCCCGAGGGUGAUGCAGUCUACUACCAAAUGCACUUUGAGAGACGACCGUUCACGGCCUAUGUUCGUGUGAUUCUCCCUGCAAUUAUCAUCAAUGUCGUUGGAUUCAUGACUUUUUGGAUCGAGAACAAAAGUGAUUCUGUGGGAUUGGGCAUCACGUCUCUCCUCUGUGCAUUGACAUUUCGCGAGACAGUCGAGAUUCCAAGCACAUCUGAUAUGACAUGGUCGGAGGUAUUCUUGAUGAUCAACAUUGUCUAUCAAGCUUUGGUCAUGAUCAUCCUGUUCUUCUCCUACGCACACAUGGCCUCAAUUCGCAGUUUGUGUUGCUGCCUGCCAGGGAAUCUCACGUUACCUUGGACUCGUAGCUCCUCCACUGCACACGCCCCAGUGGGCAAUCAAUGUACGCCUGAACCGGAUACCAAUGCGGGCACCGGCGCAAUUGCUCGUAGCCAGACAGCACAAGGAAACAUGUCUUUGGGUAGUCAAGCUAUGAAUUGCCCACCCAGAGAAGUCACCGUGCAAGGACCUCGGGGGGAUCCUUCGGUUGGAGUAGGCACCAAUGGCAUUUCCGGUGGAAACCAUGCGGGCGCUGGAAUUUCAUCAGACUCUGAGAGCAACAGUGAUGAUUCCUCUGCUUCUGGUAGCGUGGCCGUUGACCAGAAACCCGAAAACCGACAGCACGUUCAACCAUCAGCCCAAGAGACGAGUCCACCUGCUGACGGAAAACCAAAGGAAAUUGACGUGGAUGAUCUUUUGGAAGAAAAGCAUGGACACGCCAAUGUUGCCACAGGGAGCACUCUAUCUGUACAUUCCAGAGGAGCACUCACACAAAACAGCGAUCCUAAUGCAACAAUCGACGGACAGUCAGAGGAAGAUGACCACAAUGUUGACUGGAUCGGUCGCUGGUUUGUCGUGCCUUCCUACAUUAUUGUGAUGAUAGUCUUCAUUGCGGGGGGUGGGGAUGUUUAUAACAGUAUGGUGGGCUCCGCUGAGUUGUGAAAACGCUACCAGCUAGCAAGGGCCAGCCUAAGUAGAGGCCUCCUACAUUGGAGCCGUCGAGCCACAAACCUGAACGUCCCGUCGCUAUUGACCUGUCCAUAUGACUCGACUGACUAGCCAAACAGAACACUCUAAAGAGAAAUAGUUGCCUGCCCACUGAAUCCUGUUCCCACGAUAUCUUCUCAUAAUAGCCAUGGUGACACCCUCCGUCUAAUUGAGUUCGACUUGCUCCGUGGAUAGCCAAGCCCCACUACUAGCUUGAAGUAUUUUCUGGCUGCUCCAAAAGGGCUGGGCAGCGUGAUAAUGUCGCGGCAGACGGUGGGAAAGAAGUUUCGUGUCAAUGGUCAUGCCGCACAGGUUAUUAAUAAUGUCGGACAGGCGCGAUGGAUGCUUCCCUCCCUGUCACCCGUGCUGGCAAAGCCAAGCUCUCGUGGAGGAGUGGAUGAAAUCCCCUGCCUCGACUCGACGAGUUGCCUGCAUGAAAAGAAUUCACAGCCAGAAAAUGUCAUGCAGUUCGUCCUUUUACCGACGGUCAAUUCAUUGUUGCUGGAACGAGCGGACGCUGGUGAUGUUCAUGCCGACCUGUGUCUCACUCUGUAAAGUCUUGCACCUGAUCGACGCUUAUUAUGCAAUCUUGUAGAGGCAUCAUUGCCUGCUCCAAUCUCAUGGCCGCUUCUUAGCGCCCUGAUUUCCAUCUUUGUCAUCAGCCUCGAAGGGUGCCGGGUUUUCCAAUCAGCGCACGCAUGUAAUCCCACGAUCGAGUCCAUGUUGGUGUAUUUCGGGCCUUGUUAUACUACGGACGGGCCAAUUGUUGUUGCCAAGCGGCAUGGUACGAUUUCCGGUGAUGCCGCACAUGUGGCUCGUAUUCUUCGGCCAGCGGGGCACGUUGCUCUCCCGUCGUCUGGACUAACAAAGACACGGCGUCGAAUGAUUGUUGUGUGUUGGUGGUGUCAUAAUAAUGUGGUGUGGGAUAGGCCCAAUUGAGAGAUCGAUGGACGGAGGAAUGAAAUACGGCAAUUUCGGUUUCGACAGAGUCGUCUUGGGUGAUCAACGUGGGAGUCGUUUGAUUGGCAUGAAAGCGGACGCAUGGCUUGUUGGUCAAGAGUUCCCACACGGUGGAAGUGGCGCAGGUGGUUUGACAUUUGCAGUCUCGUUCGUGUACGUAGUGUGCCGUGUAGACCCAAUGGAGUGGAUUGCGCAAAAAGAUAAUGGACGGUCGCACCAAUAAGACAUGUUCCAAGCUCGUCGUGGCAAGCGCUUGCUCGUAACAGUGUGACUCGUCGUCCUCUUGUUGAUUAUUGCUGUCGAGCUGUACAAAUCGUACCUUGUCGUCGUCGAGCAAGUAGUCGUCUCCCAUAAUGAGUGUUUUUUGUGUGUCGGUGAGCGUCUCGUAGUGAUACAGUUCGAGCGUGACGGGAGCCUCCCAUUUGCGUAGACUUUGCACGAGGGCACGGGCUUGUGCCACGACUUGUUGUUCACUGGUAGCGCUAGUAGUGACAAGACACGUCAGUAUACCAAUCUUGUCGUCAUAAUGUCGAUGCGCUCUUCCGGGUCGUACAAUGAGACAACCCCCGUCAGUGGCUUUCCAUAGAAAAUGGUCUUUUCGUUUGCGUCGUUUUUGGGGUGUCAUGUAGUCGACACCGUAGGUUGCCUUUAAUACGUCUUGAUAGGGCAUGGGAACGGGCACCUUUAGAUUGCGCCAUUGGAAGGAUUGUACGUAUUGCAUGGGUCGCGGACAGGAGAAUAAGCCUCGUUCGGUAUUGUACCCAUUGCGAAAAAAGUUUUGGGUGCGGAGCGAAUGAAAAAAGUCGACUUUGAUGUUUCCAUUAUUUUCAAAGACAAAGUUUCGUUCGGCUCCUUCAGAGAGUGUGGUCCCAUCGACGCCCUUGAAGAAUUUGUUGUGUCGGAACUGGCCUGGAUUGGUUUGCAUGAAUGUUUCUACGAGUAGCAUUUCUUGGAGCUGACGUUGUUGAAGCCAGCGAAGAUCAAUGGCAAAGUCCAGGUCGUAAUGAAUAUGAGAACAAUUGCGGACAAAACCCAACAGUGUGCCGGCAGAUAGCCAAUAGUCGACACCAAGCUUGUCCAGCAAUUUCACAGUGGACUCAAAGGCUUGCCAGACAAGCUCAGUGGAAGCUUGAGUAGUCUGGGCAUUGGUCUCACAAGCAGGCAUGGUUGACACUGCAGAAGCUCCUAGUUCCACUGCUGCCUGCUUGGGAUUGGCAUCAUCAGAACCACGAUCAGGCUUUUCUGCAGUCUUGUCAUUGGUCUUCUGCUGAGCUUGCGCUUGUUUCUGCUGGCUCACCUUACUACUAGUAGAUAAUGCAGUGGUACUAGUAGCAGAGGAACUAGUAAUCAAAAUGCCCUCUCCUUGACUAUUACCAGUGCUUGGAGACAAGGUGUACAUGUACAGGUAGCAUACGUACCAGACAAGACACCCCAUGACCAUGGCCAGGAAAACUCCAAACUUUCUUCUUCUCUUCCAGCUUGCACUGCUGCCAUGCUUGUAGUGAUCUCGUUGCAAAGUCAGACUUCGGCGGUCUUGCUGCUGAUGCUGAUGCUGCUUUCGACACACUAGUAAGCAACACAGGUUCUUCAUCUUAUUGUCCUUCUCUGGUAAGGCUUGUACAUGUAGUACAUUACUGAGUUUCUAUCAGAGGCAUUGCUACCAUUAUUAUUGCUGCCAUCUCAAGCUUGUCAAUUGAAGUUAUGGCAGGUGACCAUCAAGGUGCGAUUGGAUCUUUUGGGGGCUGCGACAUGGAGAACCUCUUGCAAAAGAUCCAUCAAAGAUCAUUUUUGAAAUAGAGCUCUCAUUUCAUGACUACCCCAGCAAAAAGGGAUGUUUAAGGAGAAUACAAAGGAAAGACAAGGCGUUAAUACCGUAUGGAGUACGUACAUUUUACAAAAGAAAAGAGAAACUGCGUUAAUUAAUUAACUUUAAAUCAUCGAUUCACGAAGAACUAGGAACACAAAGCAUCAUUGCAGAAGAAAGAUGCUGUUUCGACGUUUCGAUCAUAAAUAAUUAACCAAUUCUUAUUUUAUUAUAGUCUCUAUAAACGACGCAUUUGACACCCUUAAAGAGAUAAGGAAUAGUCUUUAUCGAAAACAAAUAAAAAAAGAGUACAAACUUGGUUUUGGAAAUAGAAAUAAAUUGACCCAAUUCAGAAUCACAAGCAAUUGGGACAGUCUAAAUUCCAUUGAGGCUGCACCCUUGGCAAUAAGAAGCCAUCGCAAGAUUGCACCCUUUCCAAUAAGCAAUCAUGGAUUGCAUGGUAGGACUGUGCUGAUGGGCACGAUGGUGGCACUCCUGAAGGAUGUCCCGUAAACAUGUAAGGGAAACACAGUUGGAGACCAGCUACUCAAGAGCUGUUACCAUUUAUUUUGGUAGCUUCCUGCUGUCUCUGCAUCUCAAUUGUGGUUUUGAAUUGGGCCACAAAGUUUGUCUGAAAUGGAGUGCAUGGACUUCCCUCUGAACGCUUUUUCAUCUACUGGUACAACAAGCCAUGCACCUUGCGAGGACCUACAUAACUACUGUACCAUAAAGACGUGA